AAGGAAGAAGAAGCAGAAGAAGGGAGCAGGAUGAAUGAAAUUAUGUUCCCUCAAUUGGAAGAAUUGAUAAUUGAUAAUUGCGGCAAAUUGAGAAACUUAUUCUCUCCGUCCAUGGCUAGGGGUCUGGUGCACCUCCGAGAAUUGAGAAUAUCAAAAUGCCCAAUGUUGGAAGAAAUUGUUGUAAAGGAAGAAGAAGCAGAAGAAGGGAGCAGGAUGAAUGAAAUUAUGUUCCCUCAAUUGGAAGAAUUGAUAAUUGAUAAUUGCGGCAAAUUGAGAAACUUAUUCUCUCCGUCCAUGGCUAGGGGUCUGGUGCACCUCCGAGAAUUGAGAAUAUCAAAAUGCCCAAUGUUGGAAGAAAUUGUUGUAAAGGAAGAAGAAGCAGAAGAAGGGAGCAGGAUGAAUGAAAUUAUGUUCCCUCAAUUGGAAGAAUUGAUAAUUGAUAAUUGCGGCAAAUUGAGAAACUUAUUCUCUCCGUCCAUGGCUAGGGGUCUGGUGCACCUCCGAAAAUUGAGAAUAUCAAAAUGCCCAAUGUUGGAAGAAGUUGUUGUAAAGGAAGAAGAAGCAGAAGAAGGGAGCAGGAUGAAUGAAAUUAUGUUCCCUCAAUUGGAAGAAUUGAUAAUUAAUAAUUGCGGCAAAUUGAGAAACUUAUUCUCUCCGUCCAUGGCUAGGGGUCUGGUGCACCUCCGAAAAUUGAUAAUAGCAGACUGCCCAAUGUUGGAAGAAGUUGUUGUGAAGGAAGAAGAAGCAGAAGGAGGGAGCAGGAUGAAUGAAAUUAUGUUCCCUCAAUUGAAAACUUUGAUACUUGGCGCACUACUCAAACUAAGAAGUUUUUUUCCUGUGAAACAUGCUUUGGAAUUGCCAUCAUUGCAUGAAGUCACACUGUAUAUUUGCCCUGAAAUGAAGAACUUCUCUCUAGGACCCCUAAGCACGCCGAAGCUGGAGAAUGUAUAUCCACUAGACAAUCCAGCUGUGUGCAAGGACGACCUUAAUAACACAAUAAGGCACCUACACGAAACAGAGGGGCCGAGGUGGAGAGCACAAUUGGAGAGCACAAGUAAGGAGGCUGAAGCUACCGAUCACAUUUAGCUCUGCUUUAGGGGCGGAGUAUAAAUGCCCUGAGUUUGUAUCAAAUCCAAAGGUGCUGCAGUGAGUAUAUUUUGUGAAGCAGUGAUAGAGUUGAUGCCAUGUUGAUAGAAUUCCUAGUGCGUGCUUUUUGAUAAUCAAUCCAUGACGUACUUAUAUGAGUGGUAUCUAUGAUGCAGGGCGGAUUGAGAUCUUCUCUUUUACUUUUUUGCACAAUUUAACUCAAUGGUAAAUCACUCAUUAUGUAUUCACGCGAGACCUAUUAUUUAUAUUUAGACUCUUCACCCUUAUAAAAAAUAGGUCCACAUAUAAAUAAUAGGUCCGACAUGAAUACAUGGCGGAUGAUCUACCGUUGAAUGAAAUUAUGUGAAAAAAAAUAAUAGAGAGCAUCUAGAUUCGAUGAAGCCAAAGAUAGUUGCUUCCACUAUGUCUGUGUUUCUUUUUUACAACUACCGCAGUAAUUUGUUCAAAUCUCUUUGUUGCUAUCAGCCAAGUCCGUGGGAGUCAGCA